AUGGGCUAUUUAGCCACUGCACCCCGCCCGCCUGCCCGCCAGUCGCUGGUGGGAGCCAGCCCGCUUGCUGCCGGCGCCUCGCCCGUUCGCGCGGCUGCGCCUGCAGCCAUGGCCAUGCAGGUGCCCCUGUGGCACCACUACCUGCAGGCCCUGCGCUCGCGGGCGGCGUCCCGGGUGCAGGAACACCAGCGCGCCGAGGAUGUGGUGCUCACCCUGCUGGAGCGCGUGCACGCCCUGGACCCCCGCUUCCUCGUGGACUACUCCCGGGACCUGGAGGCCUUCCAGUUUGCCCUGCGCUCCUCGGAGGGCCCGCUGGACAUGGAGGUGCCCCUGUGGGUGGACGCCGAGGCCCUGGUGAUUGAGGAGGUGGGGGCCGCCGAAGCAGGGGGCGGCCUGGGGUGCUGCCGCCUGGGCCUCCCCCAGGAAGCAGCCGGCCUGGAGCGCUGGAAGGCGGGCGAUGUCUUCGAGGCCUCCCUGGAGGGCAGCGCCAGGAGCUGUGGCCACAUCGUGCCCAGCAAGGUCCUGCGGGUCCUCAAGGACCUGCUGGUGGCGGCCGUCGUAUACUGCAAGCACCACCGCCUCAUCGCGCCAGGCUCCCUGAGCGUGGACAGCCUGAGGGAGGAGCAGCUCGGCCUGUCCCUGCGGGUGUCCAGCGGCUGGAGGACGCUCCACUUCAACGUGGUGCCCGUGGUGCGGAGGAGGCUCAGGAUGCCCGCCCUGGAAGGGGCCCGGCUGGUGCCAGGGUUCCCUGAGGGCGCCCUGCGAGGGAUCGUCCGCCAGGAGGCAGCCCUGGUGCCGGCCAGCGCCGAGCUCUGGAGGGUCUCCACUGAUUACCUGCUCACCAGGCUGCUGGGGGCGCUGGGCUCCCUUCGGGGCCACCGCCUGGACAGCCUCUCCAUCCUCGACCGGGUCAACCACGAGAGCUGGCGGGACGGCGGCUGGAGCCCCGGCCUGACCUUCAGCCACUUGAAGACGGUGCUGCUGUGGGCCGCCGCGCUCUUCCCUGCGCCCGAGGACUGGGCGGAGCUUCAGGGCGCCGUGUACCGCCCCCUGGUGGUGCUGCUCUGCUGCCUGGCCACCAAGAACCUGCCACACUUCCUGCACCCCGAGUGGAACCUGCUGCAGGACGCGGGCCUGGACCUGGGCGCCCUCUACCAGCGUGUCGAGCACUUCGCCAGCCAGCCCGAGGCCGCCCUGCGCAUCCACGCCACCCACCUGGGCCGCAGCCCCCCGCCGCGUGUGGGCAGCGGGCUCCGGGCGCUCCUGCAGCUGCCUGCCGGUGAGCCCGCCUACUGGGCAACUGCCUACUUCGACAUCCUGCUGGACAAGUUCCAGGCCUUCAACAUCCGGGACGAGCAGCGGGUCUCGGCCAUGCAGAGCGUCUUCCUGAAGACCAAGGCCCUGGGUGCUGAGGAUCGCUGA